AUGAAACGCGCCAUUCUAACAGCAUUGGUACCGGGCGCUGUUGGACUUAUUAGUUCUAUACCAUAUUCAAAAUCAAGCAAUUUUAUUGAAUGGUGGAAUUCUUGCAAAAAACCGGAUUGGGCACCAAAAUCAUUGUAUACCUAUGCAUGCAUGGAUGCAUUAACAAUUACACCAGUUGGUUAUGCGAGUUAUUUUAUUUAUAAAUAUGGUGGUGGUUUGAAUAAUGCGCUAACAGCACUAUCACUUGGUUUAUAUGGUAGUAAUUUGAUGUUAUGCUCUGCAUCAUUAUCAUUUAUGAAAAAGAAAGAUAUAAAAGCUGUGUAUUACUUUUCAAUUGCUGUUCAUCUAACGGCAACUGGAUCAGCUAUUAUCGCCUAUAAGAUUAAUCGUUGCACUGGUCUAUUGAUGGUACCAUACGUACUGUGGACUGGUUUUUAUACGUUCACGCUGUAUGUGAUGAAAAAUCUGAAUUCAGAAAUCAAAAAUUAA